UUAGUUGUCCCUGUAACCCAACAGACGUAAACAAUGGCUAGUCACAGCGUGAAGAUUCUAGUCUUAAUUGCUAUUUCCCUCGCACAUACCUCAUACGGCAGAGACAUAGAAAGAGAGAUGACGAUAGAGGUUAAACCCGGCACUGAGGAAUGUUUCUACGAGAUGGUGAAGGCUGGAGAGACGCUAGAUGUGGAGUAUCAGGUUAUUGAUGGUGGACAAGGGGAACUAGACAUUAACUUUUAUAUUGCUGGCCCAUUAGGACAAGUGCUUGUGCAAGAUUUGCGGAAUGCAGAUGGAUCCCACAGAACAACGAUGUCAGAAGAAGCCGAUUAUCGGAUCUGUUGGGACAACACAUUUUCUCACUUCAAUUCAAAAACUGUUUUCUUUGGAGUCAUGAUAGAAAAUGAAGAUGAUGACGAUGACGAUCUUUGGGAUGCUGGAUUAGAAGCUAGCGUCACUGCAGAAGAGAUAUAUGAAAUGAAGAUAGAGGACAUGAAGGAUGCAAUGGACAGGAUUCGUGGUCACCUUACCAAGUCAAGAUUCAUGCAGGAUCAACUUCGAGCAUAUGAAGCACGUGAUAGAAAUGUUGCUGAGAACAAUUAUAGCAAGGUCAAUAUGUGGUCACUAAUUAAUAUAUCAGUGAUGUUGGUCACAGGAAUAAUUCAGGUCAUAUUAUUGAGAAGCUUAUUUGACGACAAGUCCCGGCUACAUGGACUAUGGAAAAAGGGUGCGGCAUCAACAUUUUCUUAGUUGUUUUAACUGGAUGGCUAAUUUUAAUGAUAUAAUAUCCCUUUAUGAUCAAAGCUUGAAAGAAGCAAAAUGGUCACGUGUGUCAUAUAUGGCAUAAAAAAAUGUUCAUCUCAUCGUAUGAUGGAUGGCUUAGUGCUUGCGUGUUGCAAGAAUAAGUUGAUACUUACUGGUUAGCAGCUGCAUCACAACCACCAAGUACAUAUACAUAUACAUUAUACACACACCUACACUAUACACACACACACACUUAUGUAUACAUGCAUAUAUACACAUGAAAAAACUUUUGUAUAGUACUAGGAAAAUUUAUGACUUGAUAGAGGAUGUCCAUAAGUUGUAUUGUCAAAAGACAUAUUUUAAGGCAUUACCAAUUCAGUUUAAAUUUUAAGUAUAUUGUACUCAGAUGGGCAUUUUAUUAAUUUUUUCUGUUUUUAGCGUAUUAUUUUUGAACAUGAUUUACACAAAUUAUGAAUGGCAAUAAUGUAAAAAGUGUGGAAAUCAGUAUUUAGUAUGUGUUUUAUGUAGUGUCUUAUGUGAUACAGUAAUUUGUGUGCAUGUGUGUUUUUGUAGUGACCAUUUUUUUUUUUUUUUUUUUUUUUUUUUUUUACAUCUUUGGCUGUCCUUUACCAUAUUGGGUGUCUCAGACAAGGAAAUACAUUUGCAAUCAUUCAUUUAAUCACUGUCUUGCCAUAAGUGUGCUGACAUUGUAAUUCAGAUUACCUUCUGACUGCAACAUCCUCACUCCUCCUUCAGAGUGCAGGUGCUGCCCUUCUCAUCUCCAUUUACCCAGUUUCUCUGAAUCCUCUCAUAAAUGUUACCUUGCUCAUACUAGUCAUGUAUUAAUUUGACAAGUGGGAAGCUCAAACCCAUGGUGCUUAGCAUCCCGGCCAAGUCAGAAAUUGGCAAGAAAAAUGGUGUAAUUUUGCUGAAUUGAAGAAAGAUCAAAAUGGAGAUAUUGGCAGGGCUCGUGAAAUGCACAAGAAGUAGGAUUGGUAAGGUAGGAGCAGAUAGCCUAGUCAGUAAGCUCCUCGAGGGAGGUUCCUUGUUGCUGGUGAGGGGCUCUUGAUCUAGAAAAUUUGAUAUGUGCUCCUGUUCCCUGAAUUGAGCCUGAAUACCUUCCAUCCCCGCACACACAGGUGCUGUAUAAUCCCUACAGGUUUAAUGCUCCCUCAUGAUUAUAAUAAUAAUAAUAGUAAGCAUACCAUCUGUUUAUGGUGUGCAUGUGUGUAUGUGUGCAGUUGUUUGUUUUAUUGACAUUUUUACAUAUUGAUUAACUAUAACUAAAGAUUUGGUAAAGUAGAUAACUUUUUCUUUUUGACAUUAGUGAUUGCUCAUGGUACAUCAUAUAUGUUCAUAGAUGCCAGUUUCCUCAGCUGUUGUAAAGAAACCAUAAUUGUGUUCAGCAGGUUUGUCCUGUAAAACUGUUUUCCCUUCAAAGUUUUGCUGUGAUUAGUGCCAUUGUUAAGUGAACUUUAGUGUAAAAUAUCAAGUUCUUAUCGUUGGAAAAUAAUUAAUUUAUAAUAUUUUAACCUAAAUGAUGAUCAUAUUGUAUAUGAAAUGAAUCAAAAUUUGGUAAGUGUUAACUGAAAGUGUGAGGUGUGAAAAAAUCUAACUGCAGGUGUAAAUCUAAGAGUUUUACCCUUUAAAGAAAUAACUGCAAUUAAUUCAUAUGAAGACUGACACCAUUCACCAAUUUAGUUAGAACAGAUAUUGUACCAUUCACCAGUUUGGUUAGUACAGACAUCAUUCAUUCAUUCACUAGCUUGGUUAACUCACAUGCCAGUCAUUAGUUUGGUUAGCUUUAAUAAUUCUUGUAAUAAUAGUGUUACUAUUUAUACUUGAAGCUGAAGGCUGCAUACUGUUGAAUGUUCAAACCUAAGUGAAGUUCGUACAAGUGUAACAGCUAUCAGUAUAUGCAAAUUAAUAACUUGUGCAUUUCAUCUUGGGUAUUUUAUGUAUAGAGGUUGCAUUAAGAGAGGCAUAACAGUAAAGAUAUUUCUGUAAUUCAAUGUAUAAGGUGCAAGUAAAGCCUACUGAAGAUCUUGUUUAGGUUUUGUGUAUCAUAUUUUUACUUGGGUUCCAUGAUUUAUAUUUAUGGAAAGAGAUUAGACUUAUUGAGUGCAAUGUAGAUAAUCUGUUGUUUUAUAGUUGUAUUGUUAUUUUAUCAUUUAUAGAUCAUUUCUUCCUGCAGAUAGAUGCUAGUUGUGUGAAUUAAUUUUUCAUUUUAUUUGUGGGUAAUUAGAUUUUAGUUUAUUAUGAAUAUCUUAGUGACAUUGGAAGACAGAAGUACAGUAAGUCACCAGUGACCAAUUACUGUAUUGCCUAUUUUUUUAUGAAUUUCUUUUAAACCUUGUACAAACUGCUUAUUGAUAAAAAUUAUAAUUUUUAUAAUAAA